GGCAGGUUUGCCAUGAAUGUCAACGGCGAUAGCCAGUCGAAUGUCGUUUGUAAAAUAUGUCGCAGACAGCUUUCCAGAUACACAUGCCCAAAAUGUAACGUUCCAUACUGCUCACUCACAUGCUUUCGAUCUUCUGUUCACUCCGAUUGUUCAGAGACAUUUUACAAGAAAGAAAUCAAGGAUGGCAUCGCCGGCCAGCCUGCAGGGAAUGCAGAGGAGCGGCUGAAGAUGAUGGAAAUACUCAAGAGAUUCGAGGAGAGCAACCUCGACGACGAAGGACCAGACGGCAGUGACGAAGACGACCUGGGUGAUCGCUUCGAAGGACUCAAUCUCGAAAACGCUGCGUAUGAAGAUAUUUGGGGGAGACUCACCGAAGAAGAGAAGAAUCGGUUCUUGAAAGCUGUUGAUAAUCCUGAAAGUGAUCUAAGAAGAGAUCUUCUCACUCACUCUCAGGAGGAGUGUGAACCAUGGUGGGAAGGUCACCUCACCGAUGAUCAUGAAGAACCUGAACGUCGGAUGCCAGAACCGAUGGAAAUUCCUUCAGCGAUGGUGAGAGCUACAUCACUGCCCACAGGCCCGCCGUUGAUCUACAAUCUGUGUGCUAUUUGCAUUGCAUACGCAUACGCCACACGUCGUUUUGUGACGUCCCUACUUUCCAAUGCGCCAGAAAAGGACGUGAGAGAAAUGAUAUCGAAACUAGUCCCAUUUCUCGCCGAAAGGAAGAGUACGACACUCCACACCAACUUGAAUAGUUUGAUCGUCGAUAUGUGGUCGCGUUUCGAUCAAGAUACAACCUCCAACUCCACUCUGUGUAUUCUACUAGGUGAUGUAGCUCAAUUAAUGCGCACACGUCCCCCCAUCGCUCUCGUUCCCAACUCCACCUCUGUUGAACCAGGUCACGUAGAUUAUGGGUCCCAUCCCAAUCGAUAUCUCGCCCUCGUCCUUUCCGAUCUUUACCACAUCUACCGAGGCACGAAGCAUAUUGCACACAAACUGGUUUUUUAUGCGGCUCAUGUCUUGUCGACGCCUCCUGCUGUACUUCACUCGUUAGCAACGGAUUUAGAAGACCGGUCGAAGGAGCACGGAAAGAAGGGAAAUGAACUGCACGAUUUUUGUGCAACAGAAACGAAUCGGAAACGCGCGAGCAAAGUCGAAGGAGUGGCAUUGGACUUGGAGCAGCAAAAGAAACUGCCGCUGGUAGUAGAACUCUGACCAAUGGAUCCUGAGAUGAAGGCGCCGAUGGAGAAGGAGCGCAACUGGACCAAGCAAAACCCAACAUAUGUCUUGUACCAGUUGCAAAGCGGUGACAGGAUGAAAGAAGGAACUGAUAGAUUAGUGAUCCUUGGAAAACAGAAGGCCAAUCUACGACUCACCUAUAAUUUCCCAUGUACAGUAUUCCUGUUCACAUGCAGAAUGUACAUCUAGAGGCUACUUUGUGGCCGUAGCAAUUGUUGACAACUCCGCACGCAACCGGCAGCGGGUUGUUUUCGGCUACUCCCCCCUAG